UAUGACAUGAACACGUCAGUUUACACAUUAAACCACAUUAGAAAUCAGCGAUAAGACAAAACAUUGAUUAUAGUAUUGAUUCAAUCCUGUAGUCAAAUAAUGAUAGUUAGUCAACCUCAUUAGUUGUUAUACCUAAAACCUAUGAUGUGACCUUGGGUUAGUUGGAGAUCGAUUCUACAUGUAAGCAGAUUGUUAAAGAUAGCAAAGCGGUAUGGCAAACAGUCAAGGAAUACUCUUUCAUGGACAAAUUGAUGGUGGGAAUAGAAAAAUGCAUUUCGAGAUUCAUGGACCAGAAAGAAUGAAUUGUUUACUUCUAUUUUUACGACCCGAUAUAAUAUCACUUAAUGGCGUAACAAUGAUAGCUGAUGUCACAGUAAAUGACCACGAUUUACCAAUGAUCUUUGUUUCUGGAACAGAAUAUUGCCUUGAGAUCUAUGGAUUGAAAAAGGAAAAUGGAAUGGAAGAACAUUAUACGGUUUUAGCCUACGGAAGCACACACUUUUUAGUUGCGAAGAUGAAAAAGAAAAAAGACAUUGAUAUUUCUAUACUAUUAAACGAAGUAAUGUCCUUGCAAUUUCCUGUAAGAAAUCACACAGAGGUCACUUUCCCGAUCCAAGUCGAUCAUACUCCUGUAUCAAAGUAUACUUUUUACAACGAAACAAAGUUUACAGUUGACACUGUAUGGAUAAUAUUUUUUAAACAAUUCAAGGAUCGAUUACACAUUUUUAUUCAUGUCGGAAAAGAAUUGAACUUUACAUUGCCUUUCGACCUGCCCAUUGCUAUAAUCUGUGAAGUAAAAGUAAUCAUUGGAUCCAUUGUAUUUGACCGCAAGAAAAUGCUCACAACAGAAAUAGAAGUGAAUACCGAACUAACUAAUUUCAAAACCUAUUUUACAAAGACAGAAUAUGAAACACUUUACAAUCAGACGAUUCAAUUUAUAAAAAGAAGGAAAAGUCAUUUCCGCUCCAUUGGGUAUUUCUAUAGAAACAAGUCAAAACAAUAUUUUACUUCGAUUACAGUAGACCAUAGUGGAAUAAUGGCCCCAUACAAAAAGGAUAAUAACGGUGAUCCUUGCUCUGUAAUAAACGGUCGAUUGGAUGGUCUAUUUUUCAGUACAACUGUAGAUUUCCAGACAGGUCAACCAUUCAAAUAUUCUCCGUUUGGACCGUUAAGAUUACAUAUUUAUGCCAGUUUUUUAUUCACACCACAUCUAAAUCUUUAUUUUGCUGACUUUUAUUGUCAUUACAAAGUUCAUUAUGUAACUGUGAUUCUGACUAGAAAAGAUUCCACUGCUGAUAAUUUCUGUAGGGAACGUCUAAAGGAACUCGAUAUACAUGAUAAUCCAUUUGUCUAUUUAAAAAAAUCAAAAAGGUCAAAUGAUAUAAUGGUGCGUCAUGGCAACGGUCUUAGAAUAGAGGUUCUGUAUACGGAAGCCAUAAAUAUUCAUGAAAUUAUCCGAAAAGAACAAGGAUAUUUCGAACCGGUACAUAUUAUGGGUAGAGGGGAAAGUAGAAAAAAUGGCAUUCCUAAGAAUAAAAACUGUAAAAUUUGCAACCUUUAAGAUAUUAUUUUGGUAAAUAUGUAU